CUGUGUCUUCAUCGGUCAUGGUCAGAGCAAUGUUUGUCUUUAAUAAUUUUUCUAUUUUCUCGGCAACGUCAGUGAUAUUUUGUAUAAAAUGUUUUGCCACGUCUUGCCUGCUUUCACUACCUCGGGUUCUAACUGGUUUAAAUUUUGUUAACAACUCUAUUGGAACUUUUUCAGACGCCUUAACUAAAAAUCCGUAACUCAUUGGACGGUGUUUUUGUAUUAUUGUUGUAUUACCCCCCUUUUCCUCUUCGGUCUUUACAAGCAGAGCCUUGAAAUCGGCAUAUAUAACUAUGGGAUGUCUCUGCGCGUUUUGCCAUGCGGUGAAUUGUAGCACAUCUCCCUCUUUUGGCAUUUUAGGUCGUAUGGGUUUAUGUGGCCCGCAUAUUAGCCUGUGAUGUUCAAGCGCCACCUGCCCGCUUAACUUAUACUUUAAAUUCUGUCUGUCGAACGAUGUAAAGCAACGUUUACAGAAUAUAACUUGACCUGCAUGACUAGUUUUUUGCGAACGGAGUAAUCUCGAAAAAUUUGAGAUGUAAGUAUAAUGUGUAUUAUCACCAUCCGUCACUAAUAAUAAGUCAAAGUGAUCCCGUUUUUCAUCAUCUACGACUUUGAGUGGGAAAAUCUCAUAUGAAGGAUACUUUUUCGGUGGCUGUAAUCGUUUUUCAAGUCCGUAAACAUUUACAGAAACGUUCUGAUUAUUUUUUUCAAACUUGGUAAUAUCUGACAGCGGUGUCGGGAAUGAAAUUCCGUUAAAAAUAUAUUUGCCCUCAUGCUCCGUAUAAUUUUCAUUGACACGACAUUUAUUCUGUCCAGCAACGUGCUUUGCCAAUACAGCCCAUUUAAAGCACUGUUGGUCAAUGAAUGAAAAAAAAAUAGAAAGUUAGGAUUAAUUUUUUAUAAAAUAAUAUACAAAUACUUAAAGGAACAUAUUAGCAUAUAUUGGCGUAAUUAACAUGGUGAUGGAAUAAGAAAUAUAUUAAUCUAACUUAUUUAAAAUAUAAUUAACAUGGUAAUGGGAAAAUAAAAUAUAGUACACAUCACUAUUUUAUCAUAUAUAUAUAUUGCACGAAAAAAAAAAAAUAUAUUGUAAUAGAUUUUAAGAAUUCAUGUUAUAUUAAAAGAUUAUUACACAUAUUAUAUUAACACUAAGAUAAGAUUAUUGAUGUAAACAAAAACACAAAAAAGAAUAUAUUGUUAAUCACAUAAGAUACUAACCUAGAUAAUAAGCAAAAUAUAUACUGUAAUAUUGUGGAUUAUAAUCUGUAUUUUGUCAAUAAUAAUUAAUAUGGUGGAAUGUAUCAUAUAAUUAUAAUGAUGUAUUUAAUGUAAAACAUAACAUGUAAACAUGUAAUAAUUGAAUGUAAUGUAAUAAUUGAUAUAUGUAAAAUUUGUAAUCAUAGGAAAGUGCUUGAACUAAUGGAGGAAGUUUGAGUUAAUUUUUCUCAUUUUAGACGAUAAAAAUCAACUUUUAAAGGGGGAGAUGUAGUAAGCAAGUUACUACUUAACAAUAAAACAGAUUCCACAGGUACAUAAUUAUACUAUACUAUAAUUUAGCUAUACUGUAAUUCGGCAUAAAUCGGAUAUUAGAAACGGAAAUAGGUGUUCCUACUGUUUAAUAAAUAAUAUUACAUUAUUAUUGUUUAAUAAAAUGUAUAUAAAUCGGAUAUUGGAAACGGAUAUUAGAAACUCACUGAAUAAUAUAAUUACUCGGGAAGCCCUGUAUACGACAAUGUUCAAAUAUAAAAAUAUAAAAUAGUAGAAUGAUUAUUAUAUAUUAUUAUUAUUAUUAUUAUUAUAUUUCAAUUGAAUCAUAAAAUGCGUGGGCUGGAACGAUGGUCACACAAAUCACAUCCGUGAGCCGAGAUACAGUAUCUAUAGGCAAGGGGUACGGGGAACUUCAUAUAAAAGGGAGCCCGAAUCAGCCUGUUUUCAGACGUGUACUACCACCCAUUAGUGCAAGCACCUUCACGCCACUGUGUACAACAUUAUUUUGGACUUAGAAAAUUAUCGAACAAUAUAAUAAAAUUCACUAUAAGUAGUAUGAUUUGGGGAGUUCUGACCGCUGACCCUUCUGACCCUUCCGACCCGCUGACCCGCUAACCCUUCCGACCCCUCUGACCCUUCUGACCCCUCUGACCAUCGCGUACGUAUAUUAUAUUUACCUUUGAAAAAAAACGACAAAAAAACAUUUCGCUGGACCGGGGAUCGAAUCCGUGUCCUAUCGCUUACCAGACGAUUACAUUACCAUACCACCUACACUUACGAUCAUAUUAUCUUACCCCAGUUAACACAAGCAUAACCUUUAACAAUUAUAUUAUAUUUAUUUUAAAAGCAAAAUAUAAAAUCUAUUUAAAAAAAUUUGUUUUUUUGAAUUCUCUAGCGCAUGCGCAUCAUAAAAUGUCUGACCAUUUGAACUAGCGCAUGCGUACUGUAAAAUCCCCUUCUUAUUAAACUUCUAGAGACACCUGACGACUCCGGCAGUCAUUCAGUCCGUCUACUCCCUUAAACCGUUGUACACGUAUAUUUUCAAUCGCUCUGAAAAAUUGUUGUGAGUUUAAGUGUUAAAAAUGGCUGGAUAAAUCAAAGUCAACGCUGAGUUAUAUAAAAAGAAGACGUUUACUUAUGUGCCACCUACACCGCCUGCGGAUCUCAUCGACUGCAGUAAUUUUAUGCUUUACUUCACCGACCGUAAGUUUUUGAAUGUAGGACUUGAUCCUACGGACGAAAUCAACACCGUAGGGCAAAUAAUCACACCAUCGCGGUAUAUUACUAUGCCAGCCGACUUUCUAAGACGUAUAUUUUCCCUGAUGGGGAAUAUAUUAUCGUUUAUUUUGGAUCAACCGCAAAAAUAUAUGCGAAAUUUAUUUUUGGAAACCGAAAUUAUUUCGCUGUCUAGUAUGGUGUAUCGAGGGGAAAAUAUGCUUGUCAUUGAAUCAAAAACACAAGUUGGAUGUCGGGUAUUGCUAAAUAGGAUGGAUUUAAUGAAAUUGCAAUAUUUAGAAUGGUGUAUUAUCGAAACAGUCGUUCGAAAGUCAACCAUCAUACGACCACUUGUCUUAAAACAGUUUGUGAUUAUGGGUAAUUAUUUGGACCAGGAAUUUACCAAAGUUGAUUCACCACCAAAGACACCCGAAGAAAUGAUCGUUUUUAUCAAAAAUUUAAGUGAUGAUAAAAUUAUUGGAUCCACUCCUAAAGAACACAUGAAUUUCAUCAGUCAGCUCAAAAUACUUGCAACUACUCAAUUAGCUGAACAAUGGGCACAGCGAUGGGGCGGGGAAAUGUCAUCCGAGUUGUUCGCUGAAUCCGAGGUUAGUCUCAUUUCACCCCCGAGAUAUUCAAGUAUGGGUCCAUUGCACGAAGACCUUUCAGAAGCAAGGGUAGCUGACGAGGAAUGUGAUAUCGAUAAAUUUUUAACGCAAAUCAACCCUACACAGGCGACAUGGGCACCAGCUCGGAAAACAAAACCAUCGCCUAUUGAUGAUCCUGACAGUCCACCGACGACGAACAUAGACACUCUUCCCACAUCGUUUGAAUCUGACGAUUUGGCGCAUUACGCUCCAUGGUAUUCAAAACCCAGAUAUAUACCUACGUCAGCGAGCUUACCAGUUGAUGAGAACGAUGGUCCAUCAUCGUUCAACGUUUCGAUUCAAUCACCUACACCAUCGGUAUCUUUUUUUUGACAAGCCCGCGAAAAAAAUAAAUUAUCGGAUUGCAAAACGAAAACUGUUUGAUUAAUAUUGUUUAAUAAUUUUGUGGAAAAUAAAAAACAAGCGUGAUAUUUAAAAUCAAGUUUUUUUAUUUAUUAGAAAAUAAGGUAAUAAUUACAAGGUAUAUAUAAAAAAAAAAAAAAUUACAAGAUAUGAAAAUAAUUACAAGGUAUUUACAAUUUUCUAACAUCGCCGCUAAACGGAUUAUAAGUUAUAAUCUGAUCAUGUAGUAUUAAACAAUAGGCUGCAGUCUUUUCUGGAAUAACUGUACCCAUUUCAAAUUCAAUUCGUAGGUCUACGGUCGAUUUGACGUUGUCGUUCUGGUGUGACAAAUCAACAACGAUGAUUGGAACAUAAUUUUGGAAAAUAUGUUUUGAUAAUAAUGGUUCGCUGUAGUCUCUCUCAUAAUACGAUUUUUGAAAGUCUGUAUAGGCCUUAUACAAUAUACUAGUUGUAUUAUUUUUAAAAUCAGCGUGAAAUUCAUAUGGGAACCCUUCAGAAUUUAAGUG